CUUGGACAAGCAAAACAACACCGAAACCGUAAACAACCAGGUGAAGGUCUACUGGAGAAAGAUGACGCAUGGCGCUUACCUGUAAAGCACUUCAGCCUGCGCGCUUUGCGUAGAGUGUGACGAUAGGCUGUGGGAUAGGAAGACGGAAACAAAGGCAAUACCGCCCAACAUUUCCAUACAAAUGUAUUGUAUAUAUUAUUAAGUACGGUCAUACGUAGGCUUAAGGUCGAAGAGCUACAUUCAUCGGAGGGGAGUAGCAAGACAGCUUGUGUAAAGGUUCUUAUCAUGGAGGAUACUGUGAAGAAGGAGCCCAAAAAUGCCCAGGUGCUCUCUCUUGGCCGCAAGGACACCCGUCGCCUCCUCGAUGUGUAUGUGAGGCGCAGCAUCAGUUUAAAUGAUGGGACAUGUGAGGACCAAAUAAAGAAAAACAAGCCUCGGAAGUGGGUGACGCUGUCUAUGAAACACAGGACAGUCUCCCGGCCAAUGAGUGACACCUCACUCACCUUAGGUCCCAGCACACCUCACAAGGACUCUCCCAGCAGCACUCAGCCUGACAGGAAAGUACCAAAUGUGGCUCCAAGAACAAUCUCUGGGCCUGUGGCCAUUACGGAAAUUGAGACUUUUACUGAAACUGAGAAUAAGUCAAAGGAGCACAAGAAGAGGAGCAAAAGAUCCUAUUUAUGGAAAAACUUUCUGGGUUUCUUCUCGAAGAAGGGGAGUGACAAAAAAGAUGAGCAGGACUCACGGACAGAGAAACAUGGACAGUCACAAGGAACUGAGAAAAAGAAAUCCAUAAAGCUGAGGAACUCCACAAAGAAACUAUCCAUAAUAAAGAGCAAGAUUGACAGAGUGUCUGUGAGGAGGAGAUCACAGGCUCGGGACAGGACCAACACUGACAUAACUGGGGUUGAAUCUGUUUUGAGCGUGGUACCUACUGACUCAUACUAUGAGAAAGUGUCUGAAGAACUGGAGAAGAUUGUCCAUGAGGUGAAAGAGAUAGGCACACCUCUUCCAGAUGCCGUUUUGUGCGUGGAACCGACAGAUUCAUACUAUGAGAAAGUGUCUGAAGAGCUGGAAAAAAUUGUGCAUGAAGUGAAAGAGAAACCCACACCUGUUACAGAAGAGGAAGUCAUCAAAAGGAUCAUUGUUCUCAUUAAGCAGCAUGGGGAUGAAAUUGAUUCCAAGCUGAAGGAGAGCCCCAGCUUAAGUUCAUUUUUCCAGAAGCUGUCCUACAACACGUUCAUGCAAUUGGCUGAUACUUAUGUGGAGACCAAGACACCGAUAGUCCCGAAGCACCAGACACCGCACUGUGCCGACAAUGCUCCGGAGCUGGUCAAGCUUGCCUUCACAAUGGACUUCACAGCCAGGAUGGCCUGUCUGUCCCGACAUUCCACAAGCCACAUCAUGGGCUUAGGCCACCGCUACUUAGAGGACCGCUUCACCCAAACCCAACCAACCACACCAGAGACAGUCUGUUCCAAUGUAUUUAAUUAAGUUCCAGUUCAAACCUGUUUUGCACUGCGACUACAACAUUCCGUACACCAACAAUACAACCUGAAUGCUUUCACCAGGAGAUUCAAGGAAGGCCAAAUACAUUUCAAAUUGACAUGUACUGUAUAUAGCUUCGGAGGUUAAUGCUGACCGGAAGUUGCGAAACCAUGACGAUCCUAAUCAUUGAUGCACAGUGCGAAUGAGAUCUACCUACUGCAGCAGGAACUCUCUGGUGUAACAUGUUACAUGAAAUAAACUAAUUUAGAUCAUGUUAAAAUUAAACCAAGAAGCCCAAAGGGAACAUCCCUUACAGCAGGCUUAAUAGCAGUAAAUGCAUAAGAUUUAGGAGUUAGUAUGUACUAGACCUACAACAACACGUCUGUACCCAUUUAAGGGCUCUGUAAGUACUUACCUGAAUUAAUAAUAGUAAGUACUACGUCUGCUAACUGUAUUGACUCUAACUGCUUACACUUAUACCAGCUACUAGGUGGAGUUAAUUUUGACUGUUCCAAUACAGUAGUGUUUCCUAAUCCUGGGUUCCCAGCAGUACAUACUUAAUUCAAGCAAGACAACAACAACCAGAAAAACCUGAGGUUAAUUGGUGUGUGGUGACAGGGUUAUGAGAUGUACACAGUGCACAAGUAAUUGUGCAAUUAAAUGAAGUUUGUAGAAUACUAGUCAUCAGUUUCAGCAGUGUUUAACUUUUUAUAUUUCCAAUGGAUGAAUAUAUAUAUAUUGAUAUAGAUGUGUAA